AUGCUUGCCCAAGGUCUCUUGAAACUGCGAACCUUCACCGACAAUUGGAUGCGGCAGGCUUCUUCAAGAAUAGACACAUCCGUACUCUGGGGACUUCUCAGAGUUAUCCUCAAGGUUGUGCCGGAGACUGGCGCCGCCGCAAAUGUUAUUCGCAUACUGCGCGAGAAUUGCCGCCAGAUCGAUAUGCUCAACAAUCAUUUCACUGAGGCAAGGACUUUUACAGCAGAACUGAAGGAGUGCUGUGUGGAGAUUGGUGUUACCUUUCUCUCCUUCCUGUUUUCUGUUGUAAAGUUCAUGCGAAAUGACAUUACAUACACAACAAAUGGAACUGUACUUGAGAUCCAGUGGAAGCCUUUAGAGCAGCAGUUCUCGUUAACUUCUCAUCGCAUUGACGAGGUAUUGUCUCGAAUUGAGAUGCUCUCCAAAUUCGCAGAGCGAUCGAGCCAGGCAAGCCGAACUCCCUCGGUCCAGGCACAGCCCUUACUAUCUCCUAGCUUGGCAAAACCGCCUUAUGUAGUCCUCCCAGCAGUUAGAACGUCACGAUAUUUUAAGCGUGUUGAUAUCGAGCAGAAGAUAGAGGAGCAUUUCAACGAGGUCAGCACGGAACAGUCAUUUCGAUCUUUGGCAAUACACGGUCCUGGAGGUGUUAGCAAAAGCAUAGUAGCCCAGAGCUAUGCUAAGAACAAGCUGCGAAAGGGUGAGCUUAAUACACUGUUCUAG